GAAACCCAAGUGUACUCAAAUGCAUGGCAGCCUUUUCCUUCUCUCGCCAACAUCUCUCCCUGGUGAAAUUGGCUCGUAUUUCGUGCCCGAAAGAUCAACGAACCUGUCUCUCUUAUUUCAGAAAGAAAGCAACACAACGAUUAAUCACCGCCCGUUUCUCCCCAAUUAUACAUCUCAGUUCAGUCAGUUGGGAGAAAAAAACAACCAGGAGAUUCCCCUGCAUCUCCAAAUACAUGAAACUCAUUAAUACUACCCGCUUCUCAAAAACCAUCUCCCUCUGGAUUAGUCACUUUCACCUUCCACGUACACAUGCAUUCACCUCUGUGUGAAAAUGUCGCUGUGAAACAACAAUAUAUGUACACACCCGUCAUUCAUAUGAGUCAUGAAUCAUGAUCAGCCGUAACUUAGAGCAGAAAAGAACAGGAAGCGAAAAUGGAGCAUCAAUUGAAGGAGCUGAUGGGGAAGAGGAGCAGACUUUCUGCUGAAGGAGUCGCAACAGAAGAUUAUGUUCGUGUCAAGGCAAGGAGGGGUGAAGCAACCGACAGUCACAGUCUAGCGGAAAGGGCAAGAAGAGCGCAAAUCCGAAUGAGAAUGAAACUCUUGCAAUCACUUGUUCCUGGAUGCGAUAAGAUAACUGGAAAGGCUCAUAUACUGGAUGAGAUUAUCAAAUAUGUUCAAUUGCUACAGAAUCAAGUAGAGUCCCUUGCGGCAAAGCUUGCUUUUGUGGAUCUCAUGCUAUACGACUGUGAGCCGAAUCCAAGCGGAAAUGCAUGUGUUCCUGAGGGGCUGUUGCCGUCUGUGCCAGAGUCUAGCUCUAUCCCGUUCAUGUCUUUUGCAGACGGUGGGGUAAGCCAUUCUGCUUCCCUUUUGCUCAAAGAGGAUCAAAUAGCUACUCUAAUCCCUCAGUAUGGUAGAGAUUUGUUAUUGGACCUGGAAGAGCAGCCUGAAGCUAUUAGACAGCUUAUGCACCUUCUAAGCUCAGCCAAUUAGAAAAAGGCAAACGAUAAACAUCAAGUUCUGUAACUUGAACGGGUUCAUGUGGACCGACUAUUAUUUGCGGUUAAUUAAAAGCAGACUGAAUCAGAUGUUGAAGCAGUGUACUCCAUUACUAAAUUACUUGCUAUCAUCUGCCUAUUCAUUCGGUCUGCUGUGUACUAAUGAGGAUCAUUGUCCUGUUAUAGUGAAGCUAAAUAACCUCCAUUAGAUAGAAUGUUGCAUCUCCUCCAAGUCCUCUUGACUUUCUAUGGUAGUGUAUUAAAUAUGCUCUAUGGUGACUGAUGAAUUCAUGUCCAAAUGUAUUUAACCCAUAUCCCAUAUUUGACAUUUCGCUAUGAAUUUAUGUCAAAUU